AUUAGCCUUUGCUGCCUUUAGCCUACCGCAGAAAUAGCCGUUGCUCUUGCUCGUUCGGUAUCUAGGUAACUAAGAUUUUCACUGUUUGAUUAAGUAAUAAAAGAGCUUUGUAGUCUGUUUGGGACUUGUCAUAAAAAUGGCUGAUCCAAAGUAUGCUGGACUUCCAGGAAUUGUGUAUGACCAGCCAGAUGUCUAUGAAACUAGCGACCUACCCGAAAGUGAGCAGAAUGAACGUGAUGAAACACUUGAAGUCAGCGACGCUGUUGAAAUACUGCAUAUUUCCACUAAAGAGGCCCACUGCAAGUUUGCUGACAAGUUACUUGAUGCUUCCCGAGUGGAUUUCUCUGAUAGAAUAUCUGCAAAGCCUAGGACAGGCUAUCAGGCAAGACGAAUUGAAUGGGAUAUUGCUGGUGAGUCAGAUGAGAAGGAGACCAUUGUGCAGCGCUACAACCGCCUCAUGUGUGAAGUAAAUCAGCUACAAGAGGACCUACAGCAGAUUAAAGAUUCGGGUAAAGAAGAGAUUCCAUUUGAUGGCAAUGAAGCAGAAGGAAGCCAGGCAAGCACUGUCUCAGCAGUUCAGCUAGAAAGGCAGGUGGAGCAGCUGCAGUCCCAGCUGCUUGGUGUGCAGCUGGAGAAGCAACUGGGUUCUGAUGUGGUGGAGGGCAUUCAGAACCCUCCUUUAGCUUCCUACAAGCGACUCACGGCACUCAUUGAAUCUCUUAAACACGUUAAAAACGCCGGCACCACGAGCAGCUCAACUAAAGCUGGCACCUCUAAGACAUCAGACAACGAGACUAAACCCAGCGACAUUACCUACCAGCUCUUCUAUUCUCCUGAGGUGGCCAAGCUUAACCAGCUCGGUCCUGCUCUGCAGCUUGAAAAACGGAUCGAUCGCCUAGAAAAACUGCUCGGCAACGAUCAAGAAAAAAUGAGUCGGCUGUGGUCGUGGACGCGCGAAGGCAGCGUGCUGGGCGCCGUGACGGCCCUGGGCCAGCGCCUCGCCUUGCUCGAGCCCGCGCAGCUCGACCACAUCGAGGGGAGACUGCACGCUGUCCACACCAAGAUGAACGCCAUCGCAGAGAAAGCCGAGCAGUCGCCCGAAAAGGACGCUAAAGUGCACGAACUGCACGAGCUUAUGCAGAAGUGCGACGUGAUGUGCUGUGCUCUGCCUGAGGUGGUCGAGAGGCUCGUCGCGCUACAGGGGCUCCACAGCGAAGCAUCCCAGUUCCGCCGCACGCUGCAGCAGCUCGAGGUAUCGCAGACUCAGCUGGCAUCAAGCCUAGGAAACAAUGAACAACUCCUGAGCUCCGUGAACGAAAAGUUCGCUGAUAAUCUCGCUGUUAUCAACGACAACAUUGCCAGCCUUGACGCCCGGAUAGAAGCACUCAAUAAGGCUACAAAGUGAGGUUUUUGUAUCAGGUAUUAACCAUAUCCGGCAGUGGGCGCUCAUGCAAUCUCUUAUUCUAUUCUACGUUCCUCUCAUUAUAUUGAUGGCUUUUAUCUUUUCACACGAGUACAGCAUAAUCUUCACCUUAAGUACUACGCGUGGUUAUUCGUUGCUUGCUUCAUCAUGUAGAGUAUAAGUACUGCAGCUUUAACUAGAUCAUUUCAUUGUUUUAUCAACACCAGAUCGACCUUAGUAGAGAAAAGUUUAUUGAGUAGGUGAAAAUAAAGCAAAACUUGAUCAAUGCAUUAUGAUGCGUAAGUUUUUUCUAAUUGGAGGUUGUACGUAAAUUUUGUAAGCUAAAAGCGUCUUGCUAGUCUGCACGCAUAACUUUUUUAUCUAUUAAGCGUGAAUUUGAGCUUUUAUUAAUUAUUGAUUUUAAUAUGAAAGAGCGCUUGAUAACCGCUAAAGUUGCACUAAUAUAACCUGUAGAACCUAUACUCUUAUUUCAUAAUGUAACUUGAUCUAAAGCUUAAUGAAAAUAGACAUUCAAGUACCCAUAUACCUGGUAAGAGCUCUGCUGUGGUUAGAAGGUGUACAGGAUUUCCGAGAGCGCCUUAAAUCCUCAAUGGUUCUUUUUUAAAUUGUGGUUUAAAAUAAAUUUAUAUUUAUGUUCCCUAGAUAAGUUCACCCAUCAUUAUCGUCUCCUAUUCGUUGAAACUAUAUUAUGAAAUCAAAUUUUGUACACACGCUUAUUUAUUUUAUUCGUUCGAUAAUACAGAAAUAACAUUUCU